AUGUCGAAAAGAAGAUUUAUAUACAGUCUUACAGAUGACUUAGGAAAAUUGUAUGAUGAUUAUAAUUUAGCAUAUACAAAAUCAGAACAAUCAUAUAGUUAUGCUCAUGAAAUAUUUCAAGGAAUUGAUGUUAAUGGUAUACGACUAAUUUACCAUGUAUGGUAUGAAAAUGUUCAACAACAAGCCGAAGCUAUUAUUGAUAAGUUUCUAAAACUUUUUAAUGUUGAUCGUGAAGAACAUAAAAAAUAUAUGCGAGCUCUUAAGGUAAAACCAUGUUCCAUUGUACUAUCUGUUGAUCUUAAAAAAGCACGUAAUUUACUUGGUAACGAUGAAAAUGGUCCUUGUCAUGCUUAUUGUCAAGUGGAUGUUGUCCAUAUUUCAACAUCACAUAUUAGUCAAAAACAAAAUUCAUUAUUAUUUUCUUGUAUUAAUCCAUCAUGUUUGAAAAUCAAAUCGCAAUCACUAAUGACGAUGCAUAGCCGACAACAUAGUAGAAGUAGUAAUUCAAUAGAUCGUUUAUCAACAACAUCAUCCAAUAAUAGUGAAACAUUACAAAACAUGAGUUAUCUUACUGCAAUUCAACCAAAAACUAUUAAUCCAGAAUGGAAUGAACAUUUUGAAUUUCAUAUUGACAAUCUACAUGAACAAUAUUUACUCAUAACUGUAUUCGAUUCAAAGCAUAAUCGAACACCAAAAUUGAAAACAACUCUUCAAGAAAAAUGUCGUGUUUCACGGAAAUUUCAUCGAAUUCGAAGUUUUUUCACAACGAAUCAAAUUGAUGAUGCUUUUCUUGGUCAAGUCAAACUUGAUAUUAAAUCAUUAACUUCGUUUGAUAGUGAAAAAUGGUUUAAUUUAACAGACUUAAGUCAAAAUAGUUUAUAUAAUAGUAAAUCACGAGGUGAAGUUCUAGUUGGAUUAAAAAUUCAUUUUAAAUUGUGUGAUCAAAUCAAUUGGAUUACUUCAUCUUUAUAUCCUCGUUCUUUUACUAUGUCGAAGGAUAAUAAAAAUACAAAAGUUCAUCAACGUACUCUAAAUAAUACUGUAUUACAAUUUCGUCGUCAUCAUCAUCAUUCAUCAUUAUCAUCUGCUAAUCAAAUAGAUUCAUUGAUUAUAUUACAUUCAAAUAUUUUUCGAAAAAAUUUUCGUUCAUCAUCCAUACAAUUGUAUGAUUAUACAAAAUCGGAUGUUUUUGAAAAUGAUCUUGAAACAGAAUUAAGUCAAAAUGAUUCAUGUUUAACGCCAACUAUUGAUUCAGAAUUAACAGUAUCCAUUGAAGAAUAUCAUCAAUUAACUCGAAUUAUUAUGUUACAUGAAUUAGAAGAUGCAAGAGAAAUAAAUGGAAAUCAGUCAAAUGAUCUAGUUAUUGAUUGGAAUGGAACAUUGAAUAAAUUAUCUAAUCAUGUUCUUGCACAAUUUUGUGUUUUAUACAAUGUUUCAACUGUAACAGAAGCAUUUAUAAAAUUACUUGUUAUUAUGGAACUUCGAUGUUCAAAAGAUUACACAAUAUUUAUAAGUCAAGAUGUUAUUAAAAAUUAUUUAAAAUUAUUUAUGAAUAAAGUACAAGAAAGAACCAAUGUUAAAGAUGUAGAUUUUACUGAAUAUGAGAAAAUAGUAUUUAAAGAAGUUUUUUAUUUAUUUAUUGUUCAUUAUAAACAACGUACACAUCAUGAUGCAUCAUGGUUUUUACCAUCGAAAGAUAAUUUACCAAAUAUUCAAAGUAUAUUCGAAACAAUGUAUACUUUAUUUCAAUUAACAAACUGUUCAAAUGAAAUAACGAUAAAAUAUCAUCUCGAACAAACAAUAAAAACUCGUUUACAAACAGAUAUUAAUGAUUCAUUCAGUUUUUAUUCUUCUCUAUUUAAUAAUGAAAAUAAUACACAAUUUAAUAAUAUUCGAGAUUUACUUGAGUAUAUUAAAAAAAUAGAUGUAUCAAUGUCAAUUAUACAUGAAUAUGAAAAGCUCUUUUCAUUAUUUAAUAUAAGCUAUAUUAAAAUAUGUUUUUUUCAAGCAAAUAGUGCAGGUGAUCGUUUAGCUGAAUUAACAAAAUGUUUAUUAACAAAUAUGACAGAUUAUUUUCAAACAUGUUCCAAACCAAUGGUUACAGCAACAUCAUCUAUAUAUGGUCCAAAUUUAAUUCAAAGUUCAAGUUUACUUUUAAACUUAUAUUUAUAUUUACAAAAAAUUAUUAGAUUGCUUCAAGAUUAUUUUGCAACACGAGAUUUGGAAAUAAAUCCAUUUACAUUAAGAUUAAUUGAUUAUUGUCACUGGUUUUCACCCAUAAUGGAAUUUUUAUUGGAAGGUGUUAUUGCAUGUAUUAGACAGAUAAUAGAACGAGCGGCAGAAUAUGAUAUUGAACUUGUUCCUUAUGUAGAUAUUUACCAUUAUUCUGAUUCAUCAACGAUGGCUACUAUUUCAUGUGAAAGGCUUUGUCAAGAAUGGGCAACCAUUGAACAUCCUGAUAUUACUAUACGUUAUACAGCACUUUUUAAAUUAACAAAUACAAUAUGUGAACAAUGUCAAUGUUAUACAAAACGUAUAGCACGUCAAUUAUCGGAAAAUAAAUACUUUAGUGAUGUAUAUUCUACAAGAUCAUUUAUUGUUUCAAAAAAAUUAUGUAUAUUAAUUAAUGAUAUUGAAAAUGUUAAAAAAAGAAUUCUUUUAUCCUUACCAGAUUUAUUGGAUUUUACUGAUGUAAUAAAUAAUAUGAUCAAAUAUUCUGAAUUAACAAGUCUUCAGAAAACAGAAUUAACACUUAAACGCUUAAUUUCUACAGCUGAAGAUGAAAUGAAUGAAGUUAUUAAACUUAUAUUUGAUCGUGUUGCUACAUUAUUUUAUGUAUCUUUGAAAAGUAAAAUUUUCAAUUAUUAUGAAGAGGAAAAACUUGGAAAAGCGGAUUGCAUGACAGAAAUUCUUCAAUAUAUCGAUGAGGAAAUUCUACAUAAAUUAUAUCAAGGUCUUGAAUCAAUUCAAUAUCCUCGUAUUACUUGCGCUAUACAUAUGAAAACUUUACAAUGUUUAAAAGAAUUAUUACCAUUAUCAGAGCUGCCAGAGUUUUUUGAGCGUGUUCUACGAUCAUUUAAUCAAUUAACUAAAUAUUUUGAUUCUGUAUGCUUAAAAGAAUCAUAUUUAUCUAGUUCAUCGUGUGAUGAAGUAACAACAUUUCGACAAACACUUGAGACAUAUGCAUUAUCCACUGAUAAAUUACAAUUACGUUAUUUUCUAGAAAUAAUAAGUCAAGACCAUUCUCCUCAUGAAUAUUCAAAUCAAAUUAGUACAAUUUUUUUUCGUUCGGCGUACGAUGCAGUUAAUGGUCUAGCUGUUAUUUCUGUUUCAAGUCUUCGUUGUCAAGAUUUACCGAAGAUAAAUCAAAUUGAUGCACCAGAUUCAUAUGUUCUUCUUGAAUUAUUACCGUCAACACUUUAUCCAGAACCUCCAAAAGAAUAUAGAACACAUAUACAAAAACGAACAUUUAAUCCUGCAUUUAAUGAAUUAUUUGAAUGGAAUUCUCUUCCGUUAAAUGUUAUACGUAAAGAUGGUGCUGUUUUACGUUUGAGCGUUUGGAAUAAACAUAAGAAAACGGAUGAUUUUAUUGGUGAAUGUUUUGUACGAUUAAUAACUAUUGAAUCAUUAAAAACCCAUGCAUCAUUACGUGAUAUUCCUGUAUCACAAGUACUUUUGAGAAGACCAUAUAAAAAUACUCCAUCAGAAAUACUUAAAGUAAUUCGAAAUCGUGCAACAUGUGAUGUUGAAGCAGCUGUUUUCCUUAAACAACGUAUUGCUGUUCUAAAAUCAGGAAACGAAUGUGACAAUUAG